AUGGAGGGACCAUCGUUCGAACCCAUCGAAAUAUCAUUCCCGCUACCUAAACAUCCACAUCUCAACUUCCACGCUCAUAUGUCUCCCCUGGGCACGUGUGUCAUGGUUCAUCUGACGACUACGGAUCUCGAUCGGUCACAAACCUCUUUGCCGCCACUGGGAAGUUUCGUCUACGCCAUGCCUAAUUUGAGGAGCGAUGGCGAUAUAAUCAGCACUCCGCUCGCCACGUCUGGGUCGAGCAUAGACUACGCCACGAGAAUGGCCAAGGUUCUGGCCAGGAGAAUGAGACAACCCGUCUACGUUGGCUGCAGCAUGAACUUCGCAGGCACCACUACUGAAGAAGAAAUGGAAGGGUUCACGGUUGCCGUGUCCGAAAUAAUGCGGCAAUGGAAUGAGAGAAGGACUUAA